AUGUGUUACGAAGGUUUCAAUACAAGUGAAGAACCUUCAAGUCCAAGUGUUGGUUCUUCAGCAAUACCAAUUGACAUGGAAGAAGUAAAUCCAACACCAAAUGUGGAAAUCAUAGGAUUGGAAGGAACAGAGGAUGAUGUUGGAAAGGACGUUGGUAGAGAAGUUGAAGAAGUGGAAGGAGAUUGUGAACCUUAUAAGAAGCAGAAAAGGAAAAAAUCAUUUGUUAUUUGGCAGGAAAUAACAGUGGUGCGACUUGAGAAUGGGGAAGAAAAAGUGCAAUGCAAUCACUGCAACAUCAAAUUGAAAAAGCAAAAGGAUGGCACAACCACGCAAUAUAAAAGACAUUUAGACAAUUGCAUAAAACGUAGAAUCAAUCUUUCAGGGCAAAGGAAUAUUUGUGUGGUUCCAUCAACACAAAAAUCAGAGAGUGUUAGUAGUGUUCAGAGUUGGAAGUAUGAUCAAGCAAGGAUGAGGGAGGUUAUAUCUCACAUGAUUAUGGUUCACGAAUUGCCAUUUUCUUUUGUUGAGUAUGAACUCUUUAACAUAGUCAUGCAACCUGCAAGUCCAUAUUAUGAGCGAAUUGGUCGAACAACAACCACAAAAGAUUGUUGGUCAACUUAUGAGCUAGAAAAGAAACGAGUACAAGGGUUGUUGAAUUCAGUUGACAAAAUUAGUAUCACAACUGACAUUUGGACAUCAAAUCAAAACAUUCAAUACAUGGUGAUAACUGCUCAUUUUGUGGACAUGGAUAGUAAGUUGCAGAAAAGAGUUCUAAACUUUGUUGAAGUGCUUCCCCCGCAUACCGGUAUAUGUGUUUGUGAUGCAAUAUACAAAUGCUUGCAAGGAUGGGGUAUUAAAGAGAAAGUGUGGACAAUCACGGUGGAUAAUGCUUCCUAUAAUGAUUCAGCUGUGAGGUGGAAUCCAACGUUUGCUAUGUUGUCUUCUGCUUUGGAUUUCAAGCAAGUAUUUCCUUGGUAUCAACUUCGAGAUCCAAAUUACAAAUGCUUGCCCACGGAGGAUGAUUGGCAAAAGGUUGAAGAGAUUUGCUCUUUAUUGGUGCAUUUUAAUGAGGUUACCAAAAUUAUCUCAGGUUCUGAAUAUCCAACAUCAAAUUUGUUUCUUCUUGAACUAUAUAACAUCAAAGAAAUUCUUUGUCUAAAGUCUGAAAGUCUAAAACCUUGGAUGGAAAACAUGGCUCGAAGGAUGCAUCAAAAGUUUGACAAGUAUUGGAGUAGUAGAAAUCUAUUGCUUUCUAUUGCUGCUGUUUUAGAUCCUAGGAAUAAGAUGACAUUUAUUGAAUUUUCUUUUCCAGUCAUUUAUUCUGAGCAUGAAGCUACUAGACAAAUUGCUAUUGUGCAUGAUGCUUUGAAUGAGUUAUACAAGAUAUAUUUGGAUAAACAUGCAACAGUUUCAAACCAAUCAAUGGACAAUGAUUCUCAACCAAGGAAUACUUUUGAAAACGGUGUUACUUCUGGUUGGAAAGGGAAGGGAUUGGUUGUUCAAACUAGGAGAGCAAAAUUUGAGAAAUUUGAGGGUGUUUAUAUUUGUGAAGGAGGUUCUACUGAAUUUAAUGCAUUGGAUUGGUGGAAGUCAAUGGACUUGAAGUUUAAAGUAUUAUCCAAAAUGGCAUGUGAAAUCUUAUCAAUUCCAAUCACAACAGUUGCUUCAAAGUCAACAUUUAGUGCUGGUGGUAGGGUUAUUGAUACAUGUCGAGCAUCUUUGGGGACUAAUACUGUUCAAAUGCUACUUUGUGGAAGUGACUGGUUGCGUAACUUAUAUGAUAUGAAAAGAAAACCAAAAUUUACUAAAGAUGUGAAGACGAUAUCACUGGAAUGA